AAACAUGGCGCCUAUGUUCGCCAGAUCCAAGACACUGACAUCUAGCUUCCGCCCUUUGCUUGUUAUGACGCCAUGAGAUCGCGCCGGUCGUGACUGUUGUUUAGUCGGCCAUAGUCUCUCUAAACGCUGAGUGACCGAUAGAAGCUGCAAGAUGGGAGUCCCGAAAUUUUACCGCUGGAUCUCUGAACGGUACCCGUGCCUCAGUGAGGUGGUCAAGGAACACCAGAUACCUGAAUUUGACAAUUUGUACUUGGACAUGAAUGGCAUCAUCCACCAGUGCUCGCACCCAAAUGAUGAAGAUGUGCACUUCCGCAUAACAGAAGAUAAGAUUUUUGCAGACAUAUUUCAUUACCUGGAGGUGCUUUUUCGCAUUAUUAAGCCAAGGAAAGUGUUUUUCAUGGCAGUGGACGGUGUGGCCCCUAGGGCAAAAAUGAACCAACAACGGGGGAGACGUUUCAGAUCAGCAAAAGAGGCAGAGGACAAAAUAAAAAAGGCUGUAGAAAAAGGAGAAGUCUUGCCAACAGAAGCCAGAUUUGAUUCUAACUGUAUUACACCUGGAACUGAAUUUAUGGUUCGCUUGCAUGAGCAUUUGAAAUAUUUUGUAAAUAUGAAGAUUUCUACAGACAAGUCUUGGCAGGGAGUAUCCAUCUACUUGUCUGGCCAUGAGACUCCAGGAGAAGGAGAACAUAAAAUAAUGGAGUUUAUCCGAUCUCAAAAAGCAAAGCCAGAUCAUGAUCCAAACACAAGGCACUGUCUUUAUGGAUUAGAUGCUGAUUUGAUAAUGCUUGGUUUAACAAGCCAUGAAGUUCAGUUCUCUCUUCUAAGAGAAGAGGUUCGCUUUGGUGGAAAGAAGAAUCAAAAAAGGAUUUCUGCGCCAGAAGAAACAACAUUUCAUCUUCUUCACUUGUCUUUAAUGAGAGAGUAUAUUGAUUAUGAAUUUUCCUCUUUGAAAGACAAGAUUCAAUUUGAAUAUGAUGUAGAGCGAAUAAUUGAUGAUUGGAUUUUAAUGGGAUUUCUUGUAGGCAAUGAUUUUAUUCCUCAUCUACCUCAUUUACAUAUCAAUCAUGAUGCACUGCCUCUAUUGUAUAGAACAUAUAUGAGUGUCUUACCUACUCUUGGAGGUUACAUAAAUGAAAAUGGUUAUUUAAACCUGUAUAACUUUGAGAAGUACCUAGAAAAACUUUCAGAUUUUGAUCGGGAGCAUUUCAAUGAAAUCUUUGUUGACUUAAAGUGGUUUGAAAGCAAAGUGGGCAAUAAAUACCUCAAUGAAGCUGCAGGUCAAGCUGCUGAAGAAGCCAAAAACUGUAAUAAAAAGAAAAACAAGGUUCCUGAUGAUGCCUUUUGUUUUAGUGCUUUAGAGAAUAAUGGGGAAGAAAAUUCUGAAUGUUUAGAUAAGGACUCUGAAGAUGAUGAAGAUGAGGAUGAUCUCUUUGAGACAGAAUUCAGACAAUACAAGAGGACAUAUUACAUGUCCAAGAUGGGAGUGGAAGUUGUUUCUGAUGAAUUUCUGGCAGAUCAGGCUAAAUGCUAUGUCCUGGCUAUACAGUGGAUUUUGCACUAUUACUACCAUGGAGUCCAGUCCUGGAGCUGGUACUACCCCUACCAUUAUGCCCCAUACCUGUCUGAUAUUUGUAAUAUCAGCCACCUAAAGCUGACAUUUGAUUUGGAGAAACCCUUUAUGCCGUUUGAGCAGCUGCUUGCAGUCCUUCCUGCUGCUAGUAAGGAUUUAUUGCCUCUCGCUUAUCAGAAUCUGAUGAUCAGCUCCGAUUCUCCUAUCAUAGAUUAUUACCCACAAGAUUUUAAAACUGAUCUUAAUGGGAAGCAACAAGAGUGGGAAGCUGUUGUACUUAUUCCUUUCAUUGAUGAGAAACGAUUGCUGGAAGCUAUGGAAUCAUGCAAUAAGUGUUUGACUGAGGAUGAGAAGAAAAGGAACCGGCACAGUGAGUGCAUAAAGUACUGGUAUGAAAAGGAAACAGACUUCAAGUACUAUUCACCUUGGCCAGAGAAAUUUCAGAGUGUUGAUCGCUGCAGUGCAAGGUAUAAACUAAUUUCUUUGGAUGCCUGGCAUGUCGACGUGACUGAUAAUAAAAUAACAAAAGUAAAUAAAAGUGCACUGUAUUUCUGUGGAUUUCCUACUCUGAAGCAUAUUAAACACAAGCAUUCUCUGAAGAAGGCAGGUGUUCAGGUAUUCCAGCAAAGCAGCCGUGGAGAGAACAUGAUCUUGGAGAUAGAGGCUGAGGAAGAUGAAGAUAACCUAAACGUGGACACCAUUGCCAGUGCCAUACUUGGAAAAUCUGUUUUUGUGAAUUGGCCUCACCUGGAAGAAGCCAGAGUUGUUACUGUUUCAGAUGGAGAUAUGAAGUUUUAUUUAGAUGAACGUCCUGGAACACAAAAGCUUUAUACCGUUAACUCUGUACCACCGACCAAAGUCGUCUAUGUUAGCGAUAAAGAAAGAAACUUAUGGGUGAAAGAAAUUCAGGGAAUAUCCGAAUAUUACCACAAAAGAAAAGGAGUGGUGAUAAAUGAGACUGCAGUGGUGUUGUAUGCACAGCUGCUCACUGGCCGCCGCUACCAGUUGGGACAAAAUGGGGAGGUUCAUCUUGAGAAGCAGUGGUCCAAGCAAGUGCUGCCCUUUGUGUACCAGACUGUUGUACAGGAUAUCACUACUUUUGAAUCUGGCUCAUAUAAUUACAAAACGCUGGGCGAGCUGUUCUCACCUGAAAGUUCUGUCUUCAUGUUGGGGGCACCCUACUAUGGAUGCAUGGGAGAAGUACAAGAGUCAUCUGAUGUUCUCAGUGAGAAUAGAAUCCGUGUGCUGUUAUCUAUUCCCAAUGAACCGCAGCUAGAUGCCUUAAUACAGAACCAGCAUAAAUUUUCUAUAAAAUAUAACCCUGGCUAUGUUUUGGCUAGUCGUCUUGGGGUGAAUGGAUACCUCGUUUCUAGGUUUACAGGGAGUAUCUUCAUUGGCAGAGGAUCCAAGAAGAAUCCCCAUGGAGAGCAAAAGGCCAAUGUGGGACUGAAUCUUAAGUUCAAUAAGAAGAAUGAGGAAGUUCCUGGCUACACCAAAAGGAAUGGGACAGAAUGGACAUACUCUUCUGCUGCUGAGCUCCUUCUUGGUGAAUACAUAGAAAGGUUCCCUGAAUUAUUCACUUACAUAUCGAAGCACAGCCAAGAUGAUGUGUUCUAUGAAGAUGAUAUUUGGGCAGGAGAGGAUGAACAUGGCGCUGAAAAGGUUCAAGAGAUUGUGUCUUGGCUGAAGUCUCAUCCCGUUAACAUGCUGUCCCGUUCUUCGUGUGAUUUGCAAAUCCUGGAUGCUGCUAUAGUAGAAAAGAUUGAAGAGGAGGUUGCCAAGUGCAAGUCAAAAAAGCCUGGUAAAGUUCGAGUGACAGUGAAGCCUCAUUUAUUGUUUAAGCCUCUUGAGCAGCAGCACGGAAUUGUUCCAGACCAAGAUGCAGAAUUCCGUCUCUUUGACCGUGUUGUUAAUGUCCGGGAGAACUUUUCUGUCCCACUAGGGCUCCGAGGCACUGUCAUAGGGAUUAAAGGAGCGGAAAGAGAUGCAGAUGUGCUGCUUGAAGUCCUGUUUGACGAAGUAUUUCCCGGGGGAUUAACAAUAAGAUGUUCCCAAUUUAAAGCUUAUCGCUUACCCACAAGUGCCUUAAUUAACCUUUCUCAUGGGAAUCGUGUGGAGACCGGAGGACAGAAACUGACUGCUGUAGUUAAGCCGCAACCAGCUAUUAAUCACCAUGUUUCUGAAAAGGAACAAAUGGGAGGCCUCAACCAUUCUCCCCGCUCUCUCUUUGUUCCUACAAAGCAUAAACAGGAUGAGGAGUAUUACAACGUGUGGCAAUCACUGCAAGGCUCUGGGAAAUCACCACGUCAAAACGUGCAUGGCAAGGGCAUGCAUCUACCUCAGGAAAAGAAGCAAGGCCACAGUAAUCAAUAUCAUAAGUCAGAAAUGGCGAGCAGCCCAAAAAGUCAGUCCAAAAGACAAGAUCCAAUUAGAAAAAUGAAAGAAGAUUUCAAGUUUCAAAAGCAUGAGAGCCAUAUGCAGGGUGUGUUAAACAAACAGAAUACAUCAGAUUCUGUGAAGCAAGUAAAACUGUUGAAGCGAAAUGACAAUCUCUGUGAGGCUGAGAAAGUUAAUCCUAAGGCUUCAGAAGGAAAGUCAAAUAGCGAGUUUGAAAAUUUAAUCGCAUCCCUGAAAGUUGCAAAUGAAGAGCAGACACAGCCUGCACCCCAAACCCAAGACAAGAGCUCUAGUGCAGAACACUUGUCCCCUCAGUCUUUUGCCAUGAAAGGAACUCAAAUGUUAAAAGAAAUCCUCAAGAUUGACAGCUCAGACUCUACAGACCAGCACAAAGAAGGAGAUAUUGUCACAGCACCGACUCAGCGCAGACAAACCAAACAGAUAGCUGCACACAUGAACAGGCCUCAGGGAGCUGGUCCAGCUUUCAACGCACCGACCCCAGAAUUGCUACGGUCACCACUGAUUCCACAGCCACCUCCCAUGGGGACUCCGGUGUCGGAACUUUCCCGUAUCUGUAGUUUGGUUGGAAUGCAUCCACCAGAGUUCUCCUUCCUGCGAACCCCCCAGGCGCUGACCGCAUGUCAAGUGAAGCUGUCAAAUGGUUUAAUCAUAGCUGGGCCCCCUUGUCAUACAGAAAAUGAAGCCAAGGAGAAAGCUGCUUUAUUUGCUCUUCAGAGGCUGAGCUCAAUCAGUUUCCCAUUACCACCACCACCAGCAAUGUUUCCCACCUAUCCGCAUCUCGGAGCUGCUUUACCCACCGGACAGAUGCCCCCGGUCUUUUCACCAGCAGCAGCGCCACACGUAUUUGCUCCCGUAACAUGGAGACCUCAGAUACAGAUCCCUAAACCUUACUACCCAGGCCCAUAUCCCAGCAAUACACCCGUGGUGAGUCAUGUGCCAGCAGGCAUUCACAACCAGUUUGUACCACUCCAGGUAACAAAGCAAAGAGCUGCUUUCCAUAAAAGCGCUGAACACAAGGAACCAAUACAUACAUUCCAUAUAUCUUCAGAUCAUGAGCAGAGUUUGGCUCCAGAAGCCAGCAACCAGAACACCCAAGAAUAUGCAUCUCUUUCCCUGGCAUCCCCUCAACCUGCCCAGCCAACCUUAACAGAAAAGGCUUCACCUGGUCCUGUUACACGUCACAGCAAAACCACCCCAGGGUCAGCUGGCAAAAAGAAACCACGCAAAUUAGCUGUCAAUUUCAGUAGCCCUAAAGCAUCGGAAUAAACCCCUGUUCUUGUAUCCCCCCCCCCCCCCCCCGUUGUGGGGGCUAUGCCUUAAUAUUGUUAUGUAUAAUAGCUGUGAUUUGCUGCCAUGCAUCUUAAAUGAUAUUCCUUGAUUUCCGUUUACAGGCCAAUGGCAUUGAGACAAUACCUGUCCAACUAUAGCUGCUUCUAUUAUUCCUGAAGCAGGUAAAUCAAUUAACAAUUCAUAAAGAAAGAAAAAUGGAUUGUGAUUUUGAAAGAUUGGUGAAAGCACGUGGUGUUAGAUUGUUAAGCAGAAAUAUAAUGUCAUUGGUAUUAACAUUCAGAUCUAAUGGCUUAUCCAGUAGAAAUCCCUUCAUUUCUAUCCAUUUCUGAUUCUCUUAGAUGCAUUGCAUGAAAUGUAUCUCGGUAAUAUCCCCUGUGGAAGAGCACUACAUUUAUCUUUCAGCAAGUGUUCUCAAAGCAGAAUUUCAUUCCAGGUGAACCAGUUUUGAAUUUUUUAGUUAAUGCCACCUGGGAGGGGAAACCUUAACCCCUUUUUAUGCCAGAGCCUGUAGCACAAAAGGGGUCUAGCCUAGUUGUAGUUAAAUACUUCUUUUUUAAUUUGUAUUUGUGCGAUCAUUCUAUAUUCGUAAAAUGUGUCAAUAUUUCUUUGCAACCUGCUUUUAAUAUUCCUUCGGCAAAGGUACAUUUUUUUUUUUAAAUACUGGAAUUUUUCAUUGGAUCUUAUACAGAACAGUAUUUUAUUAAAAAAAAAAAAAAACCCAGGAAGGGAAGAUUUUAUGUGCUAAUUUCUCUAUUGUUUAUAAUGUUUUAAAGAAAUAACCUUUCAUGGCUUAUCUACAGUACAAAGUGGCAGAUGUUUCUAAUUAGCAUGUGCUCUUGAUUGUUGUAUCAGAUGUGCAGCUCAGGGUCCAUGGCAUGGAGCUGGACGGUAUAUUCUGGAGUUUUCAACACAGAGUUUUCAAAAUUGUAAAUGAAUUGAAUUAAAUGUGUAUGCGAUAUUACAAGCUU